GUAACCCAAACCUUAACUUCGGAACCUUAGCGCCCACGAUAUCAAAAAUCAAUUUGUAUGAUAUGUUUCUACUGCAAAAUAAAUAGAACCUAAAUCCAAUCACAGCUGCAGUUCUUACCCUCAACUCGACAGCGCCAGUAUUCCCCGUACUCAUGGUUUUUUAUACCCGCGAAUUUUACUGGACCAAGGAUUCCUGAGGUGUGUUGCUUUGUCUGCUAUUUCGGGGACGUUAAUUCAAACUGGAGAGAUCUAAUUCAAAAAAUUUCCGGUUAGGAUGGUGGUUUUGUGCGCCUGAAGGCGCUAAUGCAAUAUGAUAAAAUGGAACCUGGCAAGGUUCAGACCGGUGUCCCCAUUAUAUGUUACAUUACUCAAGCUGACAGCACUGUUCUUCAAGUUGAAGUUGAGCAUCGCGCCAAAGCACAAGAGGUGCUGGACAAGAUUUGUCGAAUGCUCGGUAUAGUUGAAGAGGCGGAGUAUUUCGGUGUACAAUAUAUAGGAGGAAAAAAUGAGCUGCUCUGGCUCAACAACAGAAAUCGACUAUCAAGACAGAUUUCUUCCCAGCCACCCUAUCAUCUGUACUUCAAAGUCAAAUAUUACGUCCCCCCUGAGGAUCUGCUUCUUGAGGGAACAAGGCACCAAUUUUACAUUAAUGUUGUACAUCAGCUGAAGGAAGGUUCUUGGGAUUCGGAUACCUCUUUAAGUGUGCAAGCUCAAUUGAUCGCCUUGAUGGCCUAUGUGCAGUUUGGUAAAUUCAACCAGAACACAACCCCAUGCAAAUACGCCUGUUUUUGGCCGGAUUCUAGAGGAGAAAUAUCUUCGGAGGCUCUGCGGCUGGCUGCCAACUUUCAUCGCUCUCUUGAUGACUUUACGGUUUCUCACGCACAAUACAGACUAUUGAAGACUACGUACACAGAUGUGCCCUUUUACGGAAUGUAUUUUUAUGAGAUCAAGGAUAUUUUUGAAAAGCGGUUGCUGCUCGGGGUUGGGCCGGAAUAUCUGGCAUUGUGUAACUCACACUACUCGUUGGAAGACAAGUUUCCCUACUGUCGUGUACAUACUAUCACAACGAGUUCCCGGGUAGUGACACUAAAUCUUUUGGAGGAGGAUGGCAGCGUUAAAGGUCGAAACUAUCAAUUGGCGACUCCCCGUCUGGCAAGCGCAUUGUACCGGGCGGUUACGGAAGUUUACGCGUUCUUUCGCUGUGACUCCGUGAGGAAAGAGGUACUUUUGCAAACACGACGAGACCUCAAAGACGCUAUCACUUUCCAUCAUAAUGGAAAAGAAUACGCUUUUGAUGUGCGUUACACCUUUCGCGAGGUAUACGACCGUGCCCGUCGCCACUUGUACCAUUACACAUGCAACACAAGUUCGCCCCCAACUCAGCUGGUCAACACGCAUUCUAUAGUCAUUUCAUCUGGGCCACCUUCCAGUCAAGAAACGCUGAGCCAUCAGGCCUCCGGCGAUGUUGCAUCUGCGCCGAAACACGAACUCUCUAACCGAACCGAUUCUAUCAUUACCGAUGAGGAUAUUCAGGAGUUGGUCCAAAAAUAUCUCUUGGAGGCCACUUUGUGUCGUGUGUGCAUGGACGCUCAGAUAUCCCGUGUCUUCAUACCUUGUGGGCAUAUCAUCUGUUGCGGCGACUGUGCGGACCGAAUAGAACAGUGUUCCAUUUGCCGCCAACCUAUCGAGAUUCGCCAUCCGUGUUUUCUACCUUGGAACAAUGAGAUGGGUGUGGAUAGUCAAACGCAGUCAGAGUCUCGAAGCGCUCGUCUAGCAUCCCUUCGUUCUGAUGCGUCAUCCUCAGCUUCCACCAUGCUAAUGCACACGGCCUCCGCCCCGACUUGUAACCUCUUCUCCCUGCCCUCCACAGCUUGUCUUAGUAUGCUUUCUUCCACACAGCUUGAAGGAGGGCGAAAUCCGGUCUCCGCAAACAGCGGUAGUGGCGAUGAACAAGAGCCGGCUCCACCUCAUCAAAAUGUUUCCCAUGACUCUUCCCCUUCACUCCCAGAGUGUUCCGUCUCAAUGGGACCAACAUCUGAAGCUCCUUCGUCCUCGACGUGCGCCGGUGGUAGUACUGUUGAGACCGCCGUUCGUCGGCCUGCACACCUCACUUGGCAAAUCGAGUGAUCGAUUUAUACUCCAGCCUGCUAGAUUAACCCUGUCCGGCGUUCGGCCACCUGUAAAGCAUUUUGUUACAGUUUACAAUCACCAGUUUAACGAAGCCCGUACCAAAGAUUGUCAGAUGGGUCAUUUAUUCUUCCACUUUCUUUUCCACCGCAAAAUUCUGUUUAAUUCUUCACUCCACGCCAAUCCGCUAGAUUAAUGUCCUGGUGCCCAGUCACUGCAGUAUAUCUGUUGAUAGACUUCUCCUCGUCGGUACCUUGGUCCAUGACUGUGGUGGUUCUGGUCACUGCUGAUCGUAUACCCCCUUUCCCUGUUCGGUUUGUGGUUUCUCCCGAACCAACGCUGCGCCACCAUCAAGCAAGCUUCCUUAUUUUCCAGCCCGUGUGGUGUGCAUUAUCAAUCAUUGGUUUACAUUUCUGUUCAUCUUGCGCUGUUGAUCAUUAUUGCUCCAUCGGGUUGAGCUGUCGUCCACUAUGUACAUAUAAACUCGGUGCAUCCUGAAUUUUCGGUUUACGCCUUAUACUUCCCUCCUCUUCAGCCGCAGCGGACCGCAAACACAUAAUUACGUAACUAGACGUUCACAUGAUUCGAUGGUUUGGUCAUCUCUAGUAACCCCAGGUAUACCAACUGAAGCCUUCCAAGUACCCACUUUUCAUUACCAUACAAGUAACUUACCAGCAGU